CCGGAGAGGCGUGGCCCGAGCGGAGCUGGAAGGGGAGCCCGGACCUCCGGGGCCCGUGCUGAGACUCGCCGGGCUGCAGCCGCGGAACUCCCUCACCCCUCUGCCCCGAUUUCCCCUUCUCCCCAGGACUCGUCCACUCUCCGCCCUCCCACCUUCCCGACACCCGUGCAGGUCCCACUGCCCCCUCUCCGGCGGGAUUCCCUGACCUCUCCUCCAGCUCUCAGCGCUCCUGGGUAGCGGUGAGGCAACCUUGCCUGGAUCCUGUUCCCGUCACCCCCAGCCUCUCUUUUCUCUUCCUCCCUCGCGCCAACUUCUUUCGUUUUUCAGUCUUUUCACAUCCUCGGGACUGUCUGAUGCCCAUUAACCUGUGCUGACAAAUCUGACUCCUACCUCUGCCCUGAAUCUCCACUCUUCCUCUCAACUCCCUCCCCCCAACCCCUCUACCUGGCUCUUAGUUCCUUCGCGUUCUCAGUGUUCCCCCUUUUCUGCCCUCCCUCUUCUCCCUCUUUCCCUCUGUCCUUCCUCACUCUCAGCUCCUCUGCCCUCUUCCGAGUCCCACCUCUCCCCCCACUUCCUCUCCGCCCACCCCCAUUCUCACCCCCUGGGCCUUUCUGGAGCCUCUCCUUCCUGUUCUCUGCCCCCAGCGCUCCCCCACCCUCCCCAAGUCGACCAUGGCCACCAUCCCGGACUGGAAGCUACAGCUGCUAGCCCGGCGCCGGCAGGAGGAGGCAGCCGUUCGUGGCCGGGAGAAGGCAGAGCGGGAACGGCUGUCCCAGAUGCCAGCCUGGAAGCGGGGGCUUCUGGAGCGCCGCCGAGCCAAGCUUGGUCUGUCUCCUGGGGAGCCUAGCCCUGCGCCUGGGACUACGGAGGCUGGACCUCCAGACCCAGACAAGUCUGCCGUCCUCCUGGAGGCCAUUGGGCCAGUGCACCAGAACCGCUUUAUUCGGCAAGAGCGCCAGCAGCAGCAGCAGCAGCAGCAGCAGCAGCGGAGUGAGGAGCUACUUGCAGAAAGACGGCCUGGGCUCUUGGAGGCCCGGGAGUGGAGAUCCAGCCCUGGGGAGAUGAGGGAUCAGAGCCCCAAGGAAAGAGAGUCUAGAGAAGAGCGGCUCAGUCCCAGGGAGGCCAGAGAGAGGAGGCUGGGGAUAGGGGGAGCUCGAGAGUCAAGCCCCAGGCCUUUGGAGUCUAGGGACUGGAGGCAGAGCCCAGGAGAGGCUGGAGACCGGAGCUCCAGGCUGUCAGAGGUGCGGAAAUGGAGGCUGAGCCCUGGAGAAACUCCGGAGAGGAGUCUAAGACUGGCAGAGCCUCGAGAACAAAGCCCCAGGAGGAAAGAGGUGGUGGAAAGUAGACUGAGCCCGGCGGACUCUGACCACGAGAAGCUGGGCCUGACAGACGCCCAUAAACGGAGGCCUGACUCUGGAGAGUCUCAGGAACAGAGUCUGGUGCUGGAGGCAUCAGAGUGGAGGCUGAGCUCAGGAGAAGAAAGAAAAGACUGCUUGGAGGAAUGUGGGAGGAAAGAAGAGAGGACACUUCCAGGGAUGGUCCCAGAGGACAUUACAGGGUCGCCAGAGACCCUGACAAUGGAGGCUGCAGGCAGCAGCUCCAGAGGAGUGGAGGCAGCAGACCAGAGGCCCAUCCCUGUGGAGGAUGGCGAGAGGGACUUGCGGCUGUCAGAAGGGUGGAAAUGGACCCUGAACUCUGGGAAGGUUCGAGAUCGGACACCUAGGGACACAGAGACUCAGAGUCAGAAACCGGAGUCUGCAGAGAAGCACUUGGGGCCUCUUGGUGCGGAAGUUGGAGAAGGGGAGGCGGAGAAGGAGGAGGCAGGGGCUCAGGGCAGGCCUCUGAGCGCCCUGCAGAACCGCUGCUCAGUGCCCUCCCCCCUCCCACCAGAGGACGCUGGGACUGGAGGCUCUAGACAGCAGGAAGAGGAAGCAGGGGAACUCCGGCCCCCACCAGCAGCCCCUCUGUCUCCCCCACCCCCAGCCCCACCUGCCCCCCAGCCCCCUGGGGAUCCCCUCAUGAGCCGGCUGUUCUAUGGGGUGAAGGCGGGGCCAGGGGUGGGGGCCCCCCGCCGCAGCGGACACACCUUCACAGUCAACCCCCGACGGUCCGCGCCCCCUGCAGCUGCUGCCACUCCAGCCACCCCAGCCACAGCUGAUGCUGCAGUCCCCGGAGCUGGAAAGAAGCGGUACCCAACUGCCGAGGAGAUCUUGGUUCUAGGGGGCUACCUCCGCCUCAGCCGCAGCUGCCUUGCCAAGGGGUCCCCUGAAAGGCACCACAAACAGCUCAAGAUCUCCUUCAGCGAGACAGCCCUGGAGACCACGUAUCAGUACCCCUCCGAGAGUUCGGUGCUGGAGGAGCUGGGCCCCGAGCCUGAGGCCCCUAGUGCCCCCAGCCCCCCAGCGGCCCAACCCGACGACGAAGAGGAUGAAGAGGAGCUGCUACUGCUGCAGCGGGAGCUCCAGGGCGGGCUGCGUACCAAAGCCCUGAUAGUGGACGAGUCUUGCCGGAGGUGACCCUCUUCCAACGCAGGCCUGUACCUCCCUCCUUCCCAGAACUGAAGAUCCUGGAGCCCAGAAGAUUCAGAGCAGACAGACCCUGAAAAUGAGCCUGGCAGGGAAGGGCAACUAACAUCUUCCAACUCGCUUUCCUCAUCCUGUUUCUGGGGGCAGAGGCAACUGCUCAGUUUCCACCCCAGGCAGAUGUGCUGGUGCAUCCGAGGUGAUCCCAAGUCCCCCUUCACAUCCUGGGGAGGAGUAGAGAGCUCACUGGGGUGGGGAGGCAGCACCCUCUCCAUCUCCCGGGCAGGGUACAGUCUCUUCACAGACUCCCCCCACCCUCUUGGGGUCUCCGGAUUUAAGCACCCACAUCCCUGGGAGGCCGGGCCUCCACUCCAUUCCCAGGGAGGGCCUGGCCUCCUUACUGUUCCUUAGGUUACUGCCCCCUUUGUUUACUGCUCCUGCCUCCUCUCUGGACCACAGCCUGGUUUACAAACCCCAUCAGCCCCCAGCGCCCACCUGCCAAAGUCCCAGGUUUACAAGCCACGCCUCCUCGGAGGGCCCUGUGGAAUCUUCUCCUCUGCCCCCUGCUGUCACCUCCGUGGGGUAUGGCUUCCUCCACUUUUGCUCAGUAUUACUGUGUCUCGGUUUUCCCCAAGAGGGAAUGCUGGGAACCUUAACUCUGUAUCCUCCCCACCCCCCACCCCAGUUAUUUAAUUCUGUUCCUCCUAGUGGUUCAUGAGUGAAUUGAAUUGCGAGGGUGUGGGGUGGAUCAUGAGGCACCUCAACUCUCUUCCCGUUUCUCCUUCCUUCUCCAUUGCCUGUUUUUGUUUUGUUUUGUUUUUGUUUGUUUUUUAACUUUCCAUAAUAAAAUGGAGCUCUCUCCGA